CAGAUUGUACUUGUUGACGCUGGGUUUAAAGUCUAAGUAAUAAAAACCGAAGAGGAUUUUUAAUCAUUAAGACACAAUAAGGACUGAACAGGUUAAAACCAGGGUUGUCUGUGUGUGUGAGCUGAGGCCGUGACUCUCAUCGACAUGUUAUCGCCUCAGACUCACCUGUCACACCUGGUCCUUACACUCCUGCUCAGCUGCUGGUCAACAGCUGGACAGCAGAACAGGUCACAUCUGGUGGAGAUCGUCCCUCCCAGCAUGAACAUCAUAGCGAAGGAAGGAUCCAGUAUGCUGAUCGAGUGUAACGUGACAGGAGAUAACAUCACGUGGUACAACGCUAAAGGACUUCUGCUGGGGGACAGUGAAGAUGGAAAGUGGCAGAUUCAGGACAGAGGCGUCCUCAACAUCAGCGUCGUGUCCUUCGAGGACCGAGGCCGCUACACCUGCGUGGCGUCCAGCAGCCGAGGCGUCACCACCAACUACACCAUCACCCUGCGCGUGGCCUACACCGACAGCGGCCUGGGCCUGUACUACGUCGUGGUCUGCCUGGUGGCCUUCACCAUCACCAUGAUCCUCAACGUGGCUCGGCUCUGCAUGGUCAGCAGCCACCUCAGGAAGACGGAGACGGUCAUCAACGAGUUCUUUCGUACAGAAGGCGCCGAGAAGCUGCAGAAGGCCUUCGAGGUGGCCAAACGCAUCCCCAUCAUCACGUCGGCGAAGACGGCGGAGCUCGCCAAGGUCACGCAGUUCAAGACGAUGGAGUUGGCGCGACACAUCGAGGAGCUGGCCAGGAGCAUCCCUCUGCCGCCGCUUAUUCUCAACUGCCGUACGUUUGUGGAGGAGGGGGCGGAGACGGUGAGCCCCGGAUCUGACGCAGCGGAGGUAAAGGAGGCGGCAGCGUGUGGGCAAAGACAAGCUAUAGGUCCGCCCUGCUCCGAUGACGACGAAGAUGAAGAGGAGGGGAGGGAGGUGCGUCAGGAGCUGCUGCCAACGCCAGGUGGAGGCGAGGUGGAUGUCGCGGUGUCGAUUCACAUGGUUUCAGAGGAAGAGGGGGGUGAAGCGUUUCAGUCCAAACCACCAAAGUAAAUGUGAGAUUACAGGACAAUACUUGAUACCAGGAAUGCACUGAUACUACUUUUUUCCAGACCGAGUACGAGUACUUACAUUUGAGUACUUGCCAAUACCGAGUACCGAUACAAGUCCUUAA